CACUGCCCUAAUGCCUCUGGCACAUAUACUCUGCUUCUGGAAGUAGGUGAUAACCUCUUUCCUCUAGAAUUCCUAGCAGAGUUGUCCAUAAGAAAAAUACUACACAGACCAUUCUGUUCAAAGGAACUUAAGAUACCAGAGAAAAAGUUACCAAAAUACCCAGCCUUAAAUGAAUAUGCUUCACAUGGUGAUGGAUUUUAACAUCAUUUAGAAUUUAUUCUCAAUUUGUGUUUAAGCCUUUUUGUUUUCAUAUCCUCUAAAAGAAGUUUUAAAACUCUCAUUCUAUUUUCUACCUAACUCAUUUUGUUGUUUGUAUUGAUUAAAAACAUUUUUUUAAUGUUUGUUUAUUUUUGAGGGGGAGGGAGAGAGAGAACACGCACUCGCACGAGUGGAGGAGGGGCAGAGAGAGGGAGACACAGAAUCUGAAGUGGGCUCCAGGCUCUGAGGGGUCAGCACAGAGCCUGAUGCAUGGCUCAAAUUCACGAAUCACUAGAUCAUGACCUGAGCCAAAGUUGGAUGCCUAACCGACUGAGCCACCCAGGCGCCCCAACUGUAUUGAUUUUUUUUUAAAACAAAACAGCUGCAUUUGGUAAAACCAACUAUGUACUCCAAAGUUCAGCUCAACCUACUAUAAAUUGAUUGAGAAAGUCAUGAAAGAGAUCUGUGGGAUUGUGAACUUCAUGAACUUGGUUUAAGCCUCGGUUUAGUUAGAGCAAGAGUUGAUCAUGAGGACUGUAAAAGGUUUCUGGGUUCUUUUCAUGCUGCAUCUGUAUUUCUUCGACUCUGGAAGGACUGGGAAAAUACUUGUGUGGCCCUUGGAUUUUAGUCACUGGAUUAAUUUAAAAGUUAUCCUGGAUCAACUCCAGCUUCGUGGGCAUGAGGUAACUGUCCUGGUACCUUCACCAAGUUAUCUGUUUGAUCAUACCAAGAUUCCCUUUAAUGUGGAGAUCCUUCAACUUCCAGUAACUAAAGAAACUCUCAUGGAAGAGUUCAAUGGUAUUCUCUAUGAUAUUUCCUUUGAAGUGCCAAAACUUUCAUGGUGGAGCAUGCAAGGAAAACUGACAGAACUUGUCUACAGGUUUUCUAGGACAGCCAAAAGAAUGUGUGAGAGUGCUAUCACAAAUAAGGAGUUACUCAGCAGGCUACAAGCAGCUAAGUUUGAUAUCUGUUUAGCUGAUCCCUUAAGCUUUUGUGGGGAAUUGUUGGCUGAGCUCCUCAAUAUUCCAUUUAUAUACUCUUUUCGAUUUUCUUAUGGGAAUGUCAUUGAGAGACUGUGUGCUCAGCUUCCUAUCCCUUCUUCAUAUGUUCCUGGCAUCACAUCGGGACUGACAGACCGCAUGACUUUUGUACAGAGACUAGAGAAUUGGUUACUGUACAUAGUGACUGAUAUUAUGUUUUUAUAUUUUGUAUUUCCGGAAUGGGAUGACUAUUACAGCAAGGCUUUAGGAAAACCUGCCACAUUAUGUGAGAUUAUGGGGAAAGCUGAAAUGUGGUUGAUUCGAACUUACUGGGAUAUUGAAUUUCCUUACCCUUAUUUACCUAACAUUGAAUUUGUUGGAGGACUGCACUGCAAGCCUGCAAAGCCCCUACCGAAGGAGUUAGAAGAGUUUGUCCAAAGCUCUGGAAAGGAUGGAGUUGUGGUAUUUACUCUGGGUUCAAUGAUCAAAAACCUCACAGAAGAAAAGUCUAAUCUAAUUGCAUCAGCCCUUGCCCAGAUUCCACAGAAGGUUCUGUGGAGAUACACAGGAAAGAAACCAGACACAUUAGGACCCAAUACCCGGCUAUAUGAAUGGAUUCCCCAGAAUGAUCUUCUUGGUCAUCCCAAGACCAGAGCUUUUAUCACUCACUGUGGAACCAAUGGGAUCUAUGAAGCUAUUUACCAUGGGGUCCCUAUGGUGGGAAUUCCCAUGUUUGGUGAUCAGUAUGAUAAUAUUGCUCGUAUGAAAGCCAAAGGGGCAGCUCUUAAAGUAGACUUACAUACAAUGACAAGUUCGGAUCUACUUAACGCUUUGAAGGCAGUUAUUAACAACCCUUCCUAUAAAGAGAAUGCUAUGAGGUUAUCAAGAAUUCACCAUGAUCAGCCUACAAAGCCCUUGGAUCGAGCAGUCUUCUGGAUUGAAUUUGUCAUGCGCCACAAAGGAGCCAAACACCUUCGGCCAACCUCCCAUGACCUCACCUGGGUCCAGUACCACUCGUUGGAUGUGAUUGGGUUCCUGCUGGCCUGUGUGGCUACUACUAUAUUCCUGGUCACAAAAUGUUGCCUGUUUUGUUGCUGGAAAUUUGGUAAGACAGGGAAGAAGAACAAGAGAGAAUAGUUUAAUAGUUUAGAUAGAAAACAGGACCCAUCUGAAUUAACCAGCCAGUGAUUUGAACAGAUUCCUUUCCUAGUUUUCCCAGUUCUUGUCCAUUCCUCAGCUUAUGAAGUCAAAGAUCAAAGAAUCACCCAAGGAGUUCAUUACAUGAUUUAGAGUUAAGAUGUAUAAUACCUUAUUCUUUAAAAAGAGAAGAUAAACACAUGGAGGUUCCUACUACUAAAAUCCUAGUACUUUAUUCACUUGUUUUAGCUCAACAAAUUAGGAUGGUGUUUGAGAACUCAGGAAUGCAAUAAUAAAUUCUAUUUUCAGUACCAAUCAUAUUAAACCUUUUCUAAAUACUUAACAUCAUUUUGCAUCCAGUAUGUUAUAAUUAUUGCAUAUUCUCUAAACUAGACAAAGUAGAAAAAAAGCAGAGGUUCCCUUCUAAUAGAAAUAUUAGGAGAUUCAAAGUUUCUACUCUGCUGGGAAUCAUGUUUUAAAACCAUUAAUUUCAUCUCAUAUGACACAUCGAUCUUUGUUCCCCUUGGAGUACAAAACACUAUCUUUUGUCUUUGAUUUGAAGAUUGCCCUUGAUUUAAAAAUUAAUAAUAAUAGUACCAGAUUUGUACCAUAAUACUUUGUGACUUUAGAGAACUAGUUGAUUUCGAUUACUUAGAAUUAUAGAUGGUAUGGUGGAACAAAACCAAACAAUUAUAAUUUAAUACCUGCCCUUUACUCUUCCCACCAAUUUUACUUAUAAUAUCCAUGUUUGGAAAGAAGAGACAAAACUAUAACUCUUUAACUGCACUGCAGAUAAUUUGAGGGGGGGGGAUAUGCAUUUCUCAGAAUUCUGUCUGCUGUGGGGAUGAUUUCUCCAUCUAACAGAAAUGCAGUGGGUUUUCCCAUUUCAUCCUUUCCCUUACCCCAGCACUUCUCCUGGUCCUCUCAAAAACUGUACUGUGACCACUAUACCAAGAACUAAUACUUAGGCUUCUUGAUAACUAACAUUCGCCAGAAAUCUGCAGUAAGCAUAAGGAUAUACAUUGAAUUUCAGUAGAAGUAAGGAUUCUCUCUCCCUUUCUUUUCUAAAAAAACUAUCUUCCAGUACAUCUGCCAGUUAUUUACCCUUGAGGUUGAAGAAUUAUUUAAUCCAACUGGAAUUAUGUAUUAAACAAGCUCAGUAAAUGAUUUACCACAGCUUGAUAUUUAUAAUCCAAUUUUAAUAGACCUAAAAUUAUAGCUGCAUCUUAGAACAAUAUAAAUCUUUUGGAGGAUUAUCUGUGUUUUACAGGAAUAGUGGCCUAAAUAACAGCAAGGCAAACAAUUCUUAGGCGUUAAAUUAACAAUAAAGAAAUAU